AUGCGCCCCAGUUCUAGGUCCGGAAAUUGCAAGCAAAGUCCAGGGCUGGAAUCCGUGGGCAAACGUUGUAGCCAAUGGACUAAGGAAGACGAAAGUGUUACCUCAACAAGGGUUUGGCCCACAGACCUGGUUUCUGCCUCCGCUGCUAAAAGAGAAGCUAUUUUCACAACCAUUCAGCUGGUUUUAGAAGAAACACCUCCUGACUACCCCGAAUUGACAAUGUGA